ACUUUAAAGGGACCAGAAUUCCAACAUCAAAACACGAGGGCAAAAGGAAGAAGAAAGGGGAAACUACGAAAGACGAAAACAAAAGUCAUUGUUGGACUUGUGUCAUUCAGUCUGCUUAUUCAUACCUAAAAUUUAGCCAUGGGGACCGCGGAAAAGAUGGAAGUGGAUAGCAAGAAAGGAGAAGGCUACAAGCCUUAUUAUACACACAAGACAGAAAAUUUACAGGUUAUUAUUUCAGAGAAAAUGCAGGAUCUUAGAAGACUGCAGGCACAGCGAAAUGAACUCAAUGCUAAAGUGAGGUUACUUCGUGAAGAGCUCCAGUUAUUGCAAGAACAGGGAUCAUAUGUUGGGGAAGUUGUCAAGCCCAUGGACAAGAAGAAGGUCUUAGUCAAAGUACACCCAGAAGGCAAAUUUGUUGUUGAUUUAGAUAAGAACAUUGACAUCAACCAGGUGACUGCUAAUGCAAGAGUAGCACUUCGAAAUGAUUCCUAUACUCUUCACAAAAUUCUGCCCAACAAGGUGGAUCCUCUUGUAAGUUUAAUGAUGGUAGAAAAGGUCCCCGACUCUACGUAUGAGAUGGUUGGUGGCCUGGACAAGCAAAUCAAAGAAAUCAAGGAAGUCAUUGAGUUGCCCGUUAAACAUCCUGAAUUGUUUGAUGCCCUUGGCAUUGCUCAACCUAAAGGUGUUUUGCUGUACGGUCCACCUGGAACAGGGAAAACAUUGCUAGCCCGAGCUGUGGCCCAUCACACUGACUGCACUUUCAUUCGUGUCUCAGGUUCUGAACUUGUCCAGAAGUUUAUUGGUGAGGGUUCAAGAAUGGUUAGAGAAUUGUUCGUGAUGGCACGAGAACAUGCCCCUUCCAUCAUCUUCAUGGACGAAAUUGAUUCCAUCGGAUCAUCUCGUAUCGAGUCUGGAAGCGGUGGAGACUCUGAGGUUCAACGUACCAUGUUAGAAUUGCUUAACCAGUUAGAUGGUUUUGAAGCCACAAAAAAUAUCAAGGUGAUUAUGGCUACUAAUCGCAUAGAUAUCUUGGAUCCAGCCCUGUUACGCCCUGGACGUAUUGACCGUAAGAUUGAAUUCCCUGCUCCCAAUGAGGAAGCAAGAUUGGAUAUCCUGAAGAUUCACUCUCGCAAAAUGAACUUGACCAGAGGCAUCAAUUUACGAAAGAUUGCUGAAAUGAUGCCUGGUGCUUCAGGAGCUGAAGUCAAAGGCGUCUGCACAGAGGCAGGCAUGUAUGCCCUUCGAGAGCGACGCGUCCAUGUCACUCAGGAAGAUUUUGAGAUGGCUGUUGCAAAGGUCAUGCAGAAGGAUAGCGAGAAGAAUAUGUCUAUUAAGAAGCUAUGGAAGUAAUUUGUGAGUGGUAUUAAUUCAUUGUCCAUCAAUAUUACUGUAUCUUAUGACUAUAUCUAUAUUUAUCAGCUGGAAUUGGAGUAGGUAGAUGUUUCUUAUUUAGGUAAUCUUGACAAAGUAUUGAAUAAUAAAAUUAAUGGAAAA